GCUACGUUGUCGCUACAACGGCGCGGACAAUGUGUGUGCGUGUGUGUGGGGAAAAACGUUUUUGAAAAAUUACCAACAAAAAAGUUCACUUUAUGUCUAAAGUUAUAGGAUAAAAGAAAUAUGUAAAAAGAGAAUUAAAUUCAUGAAGCCCCAUAAACUUUGUGGAAAAAAUGUGAAAAUGUGAAUUUAUUUCGCGUUGUCUGCGCAAAUACGCCUAAAAGUAGACCAGCCCCAGAAGUGACGGAAAAAAUAAAUUAAAUUGGAAACGUGUAUUCAACGAAAGGAAAGAUUUGCGAAAAUCGCAACGGCAAAGAUACGCAAACAACGCAAGCAAAAUGCCGGGUGGACGUCGAGGACUUGUUGCGCCGCAGAACACAUUCCUGGAGAACAUCAUCCGGCGCUCGAACUCACAACCGGACAGCUCAUUUCUAUUGGCCAACGCACAGAUUGUGGAUUUUCCGAUUGUCUACUGCAAUGAGUCCUUUUGCAAGAUUAGUGGCUACAAUCGGGCUGAAGUCAUGCAGAAGUCGUGCAGAUGCGGCUUCAUGUAUGGCGAGCUGACAGACAAGGAAACGGUGGCGCGCCUGGAGUUCACGUUGGAGAAUCAGCAACAAGAUCAAUUCGAAAUUUUACUCUACAAAAAGAACAAUGCUCAAUGCGGCUGUGGGAUGAAGCAAUACGCAAAGCCGCACGCAAGUACAAAGCGGCCGGUUGACUCAAAGCUGCAGCAGCUAAUGAAGAAUGGCAAAAUAGAAACCCCACUAUGGCUGCUGCUACAGGUUGCGCCCAUACGCAACGAAAGGGAUUUGGUUGUGUUAUUUUUGCUAACAUUUCGGGACAUCACCGCACUGAAGCAGCCAAUCGACAGCGAAGACACAAAGGGUGUUUUAGGUUUAUCGAAAUUCGCCAAACUGGCGCGUUCGGUGACACGCAGCCGUCAAUUCAGCGCACAUCUGCCAACACUGAAAGAUCCAACGAAGCAAUCGAAUUUGGCGCAUAUGAUGUCACUUAGCGCCGAUAUUAUGCCGCAGUACAGACAAGAAGCGCCUAAAACGCCGCCACACAUUCUUUUGCAUUAUUGUGCAUUUAAAGCAAUUUGGGAUUGGGUGAUAUUGUGUUUAACAUUUUAUACCGCCAUUAUGGUGCCGUACAAUGUAGCUUUUAAAAAUAAAACUUCAGAAGACGUUUCACUACUCGUUGUCGAUUCCAUUGUAGAUGUUAUAUUCUUUAUAGAUAUCGUUUUAAAUUUCCAUACAACGUUCGUCGGCCCCGGCGGUGAGGUCGUCAGCGACCCCAAAGUGAUACGCAUGAACUACUUAAAGUCCUGGUUCAUCAUCGACCUACUCAGUUGCCUGCCAUACGAUGUCUUCAACGCCUUCGAUCGUGACGAGGACGGCAUUGGUUCGCUGUUCAGCGCGCUAAAAGUUGUACGUCUGCUGCGACUGGGGCGUGUUGUGCGCAAGUUGGACCGCUAUCUGGAAUAUGGCGCCGCCAUGCUCAUCCUGCUGCUCUGCUUUUACAUGCUGGUGGCGCACUGGCUGGCCUGUAUCUGGUACUCGAUCGGGCGCAGCGAUGCCGACAAUGGAAUACAGUACAGUUGGCUGUGGAAGCUGGCGAAUGUGACACAAUCGCCGUACUCGUACAUCUGGAGCAACGACACCGGACCGGAAUUGAUAAAUGGUCCGUCGCGCAAGAGUAUGUAUGUGACGGCGCUGUACUUCACCAUGACCUGCAUGACAUCGGUGGGCUUUGGCAAUGUGGCCGCCGAGACGGACAACGAGAAGGUGUUCACCAUCUGCAUGAUGAUUAUUGCAGCGCUGCUGUAUGCGACGAUUUUCGGUCACGUGACGACCAUCAUCCAGCAGAUGACCUCAGCGACAGCCAAGUACCACGAUAUGCUAAACAACGUGCGCGAGUUCAUGAAGCUGCACGAGGUGCCGAAGGCGCUCAGCGAACGCGUUAUGGAUUAUGUGGUCUCCACAUGGGCCAUGACAAAAGGCUUGGACACCGAAAAGGUACUAAACUAUUGUCCGAAAGAUAUGAAGGCUGACAUUUGUGUUCAUCUAAAUCGCAAAGUAUUUAACGAGCAUCCAGCGUUUCGUCUUGCCUCGGAUGGUUGUCUGCGCGCGCUCGCCAUGCACUUCAUGAUGUCCCACUCGGCACCCGGUGAUCUGCUCUAUCACACCGGCGAGAGCAUCGACAGCUUGUGCUUCAUUGUGACCGGCAGUUUGGAGGUGAUACAGGACGAUGAGGUUGUGGCAAUAUUGGGUAAGGGCGACGUCUUCGGCGAUCAAUUCUGGAAGGAUUCGGCCGUUGGCCAAAGCGCAGCUAAUGUGCGCGCCCUAACCUACUGUGAUUUGCAUGCCAUCAAGCGUGAUAAAUUGCUCGAAGUCCUCGAUUUCUAUUCGGCAUUUGCGAAUAGCUUUGCACGCAAUCUGGUGCUCACCUACAAUUUAAGACAUCGACUGAUUUUUCGCAAGGUGGCCGAUGUGAAGCGCGAGAAAGAAUUGGCCGAACGGCGUAAAAACGAACCUCAAUUGCCUCAAAAUCAAGACCAUUUGGUGCGUAAGAUAUUCUCGAAAUUCCGUCGUACGCCACAGGUGCAGACCGGCUCCAAAGAGGGGAUGUCGGGUCAAAGUGAUGUGGAGAAAGGUGAUGUCGAAGCGGAUCGCACCAAGAAGUUGCCUGCUAAAUUAACCCUCACCGAGGAUUCACGCAUCCUAGCAACAGCUGCCGCACCCUCUCCAACGCCAUCACCCUCGCCCUCAUCGGGUCCACCAUCUGCGCGUAGUACGCGUGCUAGUAAAUGGGGGCGCCUUCUGGGCAGUUCAAGUGUCGAUUCGGCUAGCGAUACCAGCGCCAAGGUAGCAGUCUCGAGAAGUUUGAGCGCCCGCGAAAGUCUGCGUGAGAGCACUGCCCAAGCGCGGCAGAGCAGUACUUCGAGUAGUAAUGGUGGACAAGGCAAUAAAAGCGCGGAAUCUUUAGACACCAGUAUUCGAAAAAUAGAAUUUAAGGAUAUUAUGGCAACGCCAGCGGCAGCAGCAGCUAAGCGCGUCAAGAGCCUGGAGUCGCUCACUACGGCGACCGGACACAACUCGUGGGUGGAGCGCAAGUGGCGACGCAUACGCAUACUGGAUGUUUUUCCUAAAGCUCCUAAACUACAGGCUAGCCAAGCGGCGCUCGCGCGCCAAGACACUAUCGACGAGGGCGGCGAGAUCGAUGCCUCACCUCCCAGUCGCGAGACGAGGCUUAUAGGCGAGGUUGGUUCUGCAACAGCAGCAGCAGCUGCGGCACUGGCAGCCAAAGAACGCAAUCUGGCAUUGGAGCGUGAGAGACAAAUCGAGAUGGCUUCGUCCCGGGCCACCACAUCUGACACCUAUGACACAGGACUGCGCGAGCAGCCGCCGACGAUGGCGCAACGCGAUUUGAUAGCCACCAUGUUGGAUUUGAAGGUGGAUGUGCGCCUGGAGAUGCAGCGUAUGCAGCAGCGUAUUGGACGUAUCGAAGACAUGUUAGGUGAGUUGAUGAAACGUUUGCCAACACAGGACUCUUCGGGUCAAACGACGCCAGGCGAUGAACUGGGACCAGGUGGUGGUAGCGCGGGUGGCGCUGGCGGCAGUGGCACUACAGGUAGCAGCAGCGGAGUCGGUAGUGGUGGUGGAACGCUGACUGCCCGCAUUGGUGUAGUAGAUGGCGGUGGGGGUGGCGGAAGCGGCGGCACGCACUCGACCGCGGUCACUCCAGCUGCAGACACUGUGAUAACAAUUUCUACGGUGCCGCCCACGCCACCCAUUAGCACAACCGCCGGUGCGGGAGUGAUGGCACAGCUCGGUAGUGUAGGUGGUGGCAGCGCAGGAGGCGUUGGUGUGCCUACAACUACGACGUCCGCAGCUGUGGCAACGGUGGCGGUAGGCGCAGGCUCCAAGCCCAUUCCACAAACACUCAGCCUACUCAGCCCAGCACAGAUGGGUUCAGCGGCGACAACAGGCGGUAAUGGAUUGGGACCGCUGAUGCUGAAGAAACGGCGUUCGAAGAGCAGGAAGGCACCAGCGCCUCCCAAGCAGCCAUCACACGUGCAGAGUCCAGAACAGCAGCGUUUGCUGGAGGAUGAACCCAUUGUAGCGGCAACGACGACGACGGUGGCUGCGACGGCGGCAGCAACAACAGCUGCGGGGCCAGCGGUGACAACCCCAACAACCGCGACAUCGAGCAGCGCGGCCACUUCACCUACGGCAGCGGUACCUUCUUCGAUAGGUGGCAGCGGCGUCGGUGGCGGUAAUACCAGUGGUACGUCCAGCGGUAGCGGCAGUGGUGGCGGAGGCGGCGGCGGAGGACGUAACAAGCGUGAAUUUCUCUAGCCCAAAAUACUGGUGCGCCAUCAAUCAGAUACUGGCAGCAGCUUCGAGCAGUAGUAUGAGAGGUGAAGCUGACUGCACAGAACGAUGGCGUACAAUGGAGAGGGGUGGGCGGAGAUUACUUCGAGUUCAUUUGCCACUGUUGCUUCUUUUUCCAGUUUAAUUUAGUGAAAGAGGUAGCAAAAAAAAUGUUUGGUAUUAAACAAUUUUUUGGUUUUGUUGAAGCUUUCGGAAUCUUACAUUUUACCAAAGAAAAGAGGGCAUAUUUCGAGCCUCUAGCAGAGUAAAUAUUUGUGAUAACCAACCAGAUAUUAUGACUAUGAAAAAAUUAAUAAAAAAAUUAUUAUUAGAAAAUGUAAACGCCAAUAGAAAUAUUUAAAAAGAACCAAGCAACACUAAAACGCCGCUUACCAAAAAUUGUAAAUUUAAUUGUAAAUAUUACGAUGCAAGUCUCAGACGCUUGCUUUGUAAACGCCAAUAGAAAUAUUUAAGAAGAACCAAGCAACACUAAAAUGCCGCUUACCAAAAAUUGUAAAUUUAAUUGUAAAUAUUACGAAGCGAGUUUCAGACGCUUGCUCUUUGAAGCUGUAUAGAUAUAUAAUACUCGUAAAUAGAUAUGUACUUGUCUGUAUGUUUUUGGUAGUCAUUUGGGGCAGACACCGGCGGAUGUGCAUCCGAGUACACAGAUAAGUAGCUACAUUCGAAUAAGUUCUACUCGUAGAUCGAUUGCAAUACAUUUAUAAGUACUUAGCUAGCUGAAUCCUUUGCCUUUGAAGGAAUUGAAAACCCACUGAUUUGCGACCCACAGAUUUUCUAUCGUUUACCCAAGAAAAAGAUCGCACGGCUUCACAUCCCAAAACAACUUGGCGAAAAAUACACCCCCAACGAUCUCAGCAGACUUAAGUGCUCCGUAAACAAAAACAAACUUAUCUUUCAAAGUGGUUGAACUCAGCCAAGUCAGAAUUCAAUACUGAUGGGCUAGAUCUUGAAAAAAGAAAAUUAGUAGAAAAUUAGAAAAAGUCCCAUUAAGCUCAGUACGACGUUUUCCAACCUAAGUUAAACAAAAACAAAGCAGACAAAUCGAACUGAUGUUUUAGCAAAUUCAUACAGCCAGAUCGUUAAAAAAGGGAUCAACCAACAAUCUGAGGCACAUUUUUGAAAUGCGGAGCAUUUUAACAGGAAGUCCGCAAUGGAUGCAGUUCACAUAGAAAUUAUUAUGCUCGAUUCUGUCUCGGAUUAGCAUUGCUGAAGCAAUUCUUCAGUGUUCUUUUUAGAAGCUAUUUAUUUUUGAGAAUCUCAAAAAGUUGCGUAACCUUUGUUCAUCCAGGGUUGGCCAAGACGAUACCCUUCAAAUGGGCAGAUGCAUCUGACAGCUGUUAGUUAAUACCUGCUCUCAAACCUUCUUCUCGAUUCUUGAUAGCAGGAUGACAAGGAGAGCUAGUAAGCUUGAACGUGAACUUUCCCCUUAACUUGUGAAAACAGAACCCACAGGGCCAAAGGGACUGGUAUGGAUUCUAAUAUGUACUCAAAUGCAUUGUCUGCCACUUUGUUCCGGAAAGAAUUGCGUAUUGAUCAAAACCAAAUCCUUCAAACCUUUUGCUUCGAUAGUACCCAGGAAGGGUGAUCAGAGUUAGCAGAAUUUUGUUUUGAACCAGGAGCACCUCCCCGCGUUUGCUAUCAUCAGCUUCAUAGCAGGAAUGACCCACCAACCAACUUCUAAGCCCGAAAAUCUAGCUAAGACCAAGAGCUGGGAUAUUUUUUACACUUUUCAAAGCUCCCCAGAUUGCACAGCGUUGCCACAUGUUUACUUUGAAUAUAAGCCCUUUUCUUCGAAGUGAGUUUAUAAGAAAAAAAUUGCAUAAUUAACUGCCAUAGAAAAAAUGAGCAAAAGUUUAGCAAAAACAAAAUUAAAUGCAGAAAGCAACUACGUAAAUGAAAUUGGAAAACGCAAACUUUGUAAUACAAUUUUCAUUUAGAACCCGUCCUAAAAAUGGAAAACACGCAGAAUCAAACUGAAAAGAGAAAACCAAAAACCAAAAGCAAAAACAACAAUUUUAAGCAAACGAAGAAAACAGUACUGAUUACAAAAUAAAAGUAAAAAUAAUUGUUAGAAUUUAUUUAUAAACAAAGAAAAGAAGAAACAAAAACAAACAUGAAACCAAAACAAACAACCAAACAACUACAACAUGAUUAAGCAAUAAAUGCAAAAAAAAUGCUCCAUUAAAAUUAUCUAAGUAAUUAAAAAAUUAAAGAAACCAAAAACAAAUUAAAAAAACACUUAGCAUUAAAUUAAAUAAGUGGCAUAUAAAAAUUUAGGUUCCACACCAGAAGCGACAAACCCAACAAAACCAACUAAAACGCUAACCGUUUAACACAAUGAACAACAACAACCAAGCGACAAUCGAAAAACAAAACAAAAUGAUAUAAGAUACAAUUUUCUCGAAUUUCAUUCUAAAUAAUUAAUUAGGUGGCAACACGCCAAUUGAGUUCGCGCGCAUUGCUGCAAGCCGAGUUGUAUAUACGCAAACACAUUUAAUCACACACACCCAUAUACAUAAAAUCGUCUAGACUACACACACACACUCACCCGAGCACUCAUGGGUAUAGUACAGGCACGUGCAUUAAAAAUGCAGCCAUAUAACAGUGCAUUGCUUUGAAAAGUUAAUAGGAAUAGUUGGAGUUUGGUGAGAGCACUUGAGUGGUGCAAAAAUUAGCAUAGCAUAGUAUAACACAUACUAUUAUAAUGUUGUAAUAGUUAAUACUUGCGUUGCCACACUUGUGAUAUUCAGAAAAAGGGAACGAAAAUUUAAUGCGUUAGUAUUAGUAAAUAAUAGAUAAGCGAGAGCUUUUAGGAAUUAUUUGGAGUUACAUAAACUUUUUUUAAUGGAUCAGCAGUUUUUGAUUUUCAUUUUGUAAAUACUUUUUUGCACUUUAGCAAAAAGAUCGUAAAAAAAUGCGUCGGUUGCUUAAUUAUCAAAAUUGUCAGCACCUGCAUUUUGAAUGAAGGAUUUCACCUUGAAUUUUUGCACACUAACACUCGUUAGAAUUUAGCUCUUUUAUUAAUUUUUCUUAGCUUAGCAUAGAACAGGGCAUGCAGGCCAGCGCAUUAAAUUAUGCUGCGUUUGCCGAGUGCCUGAAAAGGUUUCAACACUGAAUUGUAAUAUUUGCAAGUCCGCACUCUUUUCGAUAUUUUACGUUCCUUCUCUAGGCAAAAAUAUUAAAUAUAAAGAAAAUUAUAUGAAGUUGUUAUUUAAGGGUUGUUUUUUAGUAAGUAGAAAGAAAAAAUGUAUAUAGAAAGUUUAGAAAGCGUUGCAUAUUUCUUUGAGUACCUUGAGUAAAAUAAUAAACAUAUAAAAAUAUUAAUUUGUUCCUAAAAUAGAGCCCGUUAACUGAAAUUUCCACCUUCCGUUUGCUUUAAAAAAAGUUUUGAAACUAAAAUUUCUAUUCUUUUGAAUUCCUUUAACUCUGUUGGUUGAGAAUUGAUGAGAAAGCCACCAAAUAAUAGUGGGAACGUACAAAAAAGACAGAGACAAAAAAUAUAAAGUUUCUGAAAAGCAAAAGUUUCAGAUUUUUCAAAAUGUUACAACUCUUUGGAAUAAAAAAACAGUCUUCAAAUAUUUUAACGCAUUACCGUUAAAAUUUUAAACUUUUUAUCUUCCUAUUGGUGUUCAUUCUUUUUCUCAAAUUUAGUGAAUACAAAAUUUCCGAAAUUAAAAAAUGUAUACUUCGAAUUUUUCGUUUUGUUUUCUGCAAUUUUACUAAACGUAGAAUUUUUGGAAGUAAACAAAAAUGCCCUUUUAACUCUUUAAAAUUUUACUGAACAACAAAUUUUUCAAAUAACUUUUUUUUCGAAACAUACCUUUUUUUCCAAACAUAUAAAGUUCAAAUUGCGAACCAAAAGCAACACAACCAACAAACAUACUUUCAUACCUGCAUACAUACAUACGAUUUAAGUAAUUUAUAAAUAAUCUUAAAACACAAAAAAAUUUGUUACCUGAUUGCAACUACACUGUGCUUAUUUGUUAAUUUUUUUCAAACGCUUUUACGUAAAGAUAUUUAAUAUAUUAAAAAUUGUUAAUAUUUGUUCACUCAUAUCUAAAUAAGUAUAUCUAAAUAGCAUAUGCAUUUGUAGAAGCGUAUGUAUAUUGUAUAUUUACUUGUUUACCACACUGUAAUAUACAUAUUUGUACAAACGACAAGCAAUUUACACACGGUAUUAAAUACACACACACCUACAUAAAAUUAUUUGAAAGAAUUGUUUAACUAAUUUUUAGAUUAAAAGAAAACUCAAAAAUAACCAUAAAAUUUUAAUAAAUGUAAAAUGUAGGAAAUUUAUUUCAAAUCAAAAACCUUAAACAAUUUUAUUAAUUGAAAUGUGUAAAUAAAAAUUGUAAAUUAUUGUAAAAUACAAAUUUUCAGCCCGAAAUGCUAGCGAGCUAAGGUAGGCAUAGCGGAAAACUAUUAGCUUCAUAAAAUAUGGUAAUACACACUAACAAAAAAUAAUAAAUAAAUAAAAUAUUAUAUAUAGCAUAUUUAUUGAAAAUUACGAUUAUUUAUAAAUAAUAUAAACGCUUAAGAAAUUCGUCAACUACGCGCGCAUACGAAAUUAGAAAAUUGCUAGAACUAAAAAUAAAAGUAAAACAAAAAAAGGAAAUUGGAAUAAAUUAAGUGAAGCUUAUAGAGAAUUCGAAUAAAGAAAUUACACGAAUAUUUAUGUAUGUAUAAGCGAAUUGGCAACUUUGUUAUUUUAUUUUACUUUUUUUUUGAAAAUUUUCCUUGCAAAGCCUUACAUUUCGAAAAUAUGCAAACGCAGACCAAAAAAUGUGCAAUUAAUAUAAUAAAAAAAUUAUUACUUAUAAAUAUUUAGGAAUUAUUUCAAAAUGAAAAUUGGACAAAACCAUUUAAAAAUAAUAUUGUAAAUAACAGUAAAAAUAGCGGUGAAGGGAAGAAACUAUUAAAACUCUGUAAAAGAAAACUAAAAAUGCUUGAAAAACUGCUGCAAAAAUGCUUUGGAACUCAGAAAAAUACGAAAUAUGGAAAUCUAAGCUCGCAUUGCCCUGAAAAUGCAAUAAAACACUCACUAAGAUUGAAAAAUGUAAUACCUAAAGAACAAACAAACGCUUUUAUACGCCAUUUAACACUUAAAAAAUACAAAUUCUUUUUUAACAAAAAAACUAAAAAUAAAAUAUAUCGAAUUUCACUAAACAUUAGCAACCGCAGAGAGAAAAACGAACAAAGUUUACAAAAAUAUACAUUGGGAGCGACCAGGAGAAUUUUCUUUGAAUUUUUCGCAAAGUAACAAAGUAGCCAUAACCUAAAAACACUAGAGGGAAAAAUUUCAAAUUUUUACUAAACACCGCAAAGCUCGCUACACACUCACCACUAUAUAAAUAAUAAAGUAAACAAAUAAAUAAAUUAUAAUUAAACAAUUAUGGUAAAAAUAAUGGAAAUACAUACAUACAUACAAAUAAAUUAAAAAAAUUAUGAAAACAAUUUUACAACUCAAAAUAAUGCAAUAAAGUAAAGAAAAUAUUAUAAAAACAAAAAACGCAAGCUCCAUUUUAUUUCCUAAAAUCACAAGGAAAACAACAACAACAACUUAAUAGAGCGUACAUACAUACAUACAUACACACCAAGUCGCGCUAUGCCAAAUGAGUAACAAAAAAUAAGAUAUAAACACCUAUUUAAAAAAUCAAAAAAGAAACUAAGUUUACACAUCAACUUAAACAAAAAAAACACACACAAAUUCGAAAAUUAAAUUUCCGAAACAUCGCUUAGCACUUAAGAAAUUUUUAAACAGCAGCCAAGUUUGUUUACUUCAAUGCAAGCGCCAUAGCUACUGAAAAAUUUGCUAAGACGACGCAAAUUUGCGAAAGGUAUUAUGUAAAAUGAAAAAAAAAAACUACAAAAAACACGAUACAGAAAACAGCCAGAAGCUGGUCACUAAGCUGACGCUAAUGUAAAUUCUAAGUGGAAAACUAUACAUUUAAAAACCAAUGAAGAUAUGAGU